AUGUCCGUACAUUACAAAUUUAAAAGUGCAUUGGAUUAUGACACAGUCACAUUCGAUGGCCUACACAUUUCAGUAGGAGACCUUAAAGCAGCUAUAUCACAACAGAAAAGGAUUGGAAAGACUUCCGAUUUUGAUCUUCAAAUAACUAAUGCUCAGACUAAAGAAGUGUAUGUGGAUGAUCAUACUUUAAUUCCAAAAAACACAUCACUUCUAGUGGCUAGAGUCCCACUUUCUCAGCAACCUAAGAAACAGUGGGAAGGCUCUAACCCAAAUUCAGCAUUGCAAAAAGAUGUUGCUGUUAAUAAGGGAUUGGCUGAUCUGUCUCUCAUGGAAGGUAGCGAACAGGAUAAAAUAAAUGCUAUGAUAUCACAAUCUACUUUUGACUACGACCCUAGCAAUUAUCAGAAAAUUAGAGGACAAAACCAAAGAGGAGCUGUUCCAUCUAAUUACAUUUGCUACAAGUGCCAGAAAAGGGGCCAUUGGAUUAAGGACUGUCCAGCUGCUUCAUCCGGUGAAGCUGUAGAAAUAAGGAGAAGUACAGGAAUCCCUCGGAGUUUUAUGGUGCCGGUUGAUGGUCCAAAAGCACCUGGAGCCAUGAUGACACCUAGUGGAACAUUCGCUGUUCCAGCCGUUGAUCAUGAGGCGUAUUUGGCAUCAGAGAGUGCUGGCGGAGCUGACAUGCCUACUAAUGCGCCCGCUGCACCAGAACCUACAAUACCUGAUGAGUUAAUCUGCAGUCUGUGCCGUGAUCUGCUUACUGAUGCUGUUAUGAUUCCGUGUUGUGGGAACUCGUUUUGCGAUGAAUGCAUAAGAGGGGCAUUAUUGGAAUCUGAAGAUCACGAAUGUCCAGAUUGUCGUGAAAAAGAAAUUGCACCAACAACAUUGAUACCAAACAGAUUUUUAAGGAAUUCUGUAUCAGCAUUUCGCAAUCAAACAGGCUACAGCAGACGAGCUCCACAUCGACCAUCUGCUGCACCUGUUCAAGCUCCACCUCCUGUUAUUGAUGUGCCGCCAGUAGCUCCUCCACUGCAAUCAGUGAACGGGCCCACGCAGCCGCCGGCUCCUAAUGCUGAUGCGGUCGGGAGCGAUGGGGGUGGCGGGGGUAAUGAGGGCAGAGGGGGAGGCGGCUCCGAGUCCGAGGGUUCAGGAGAUGACAACAUCGUGGUGACUGUGCCGCCCGCGCACCAUGCGCUUGCGCUCCCGCACCCGCACGCGCUCCGACACGCCAACAUGCACCGACCGCCGCGAAUAGGACCGCCGCCAGGUCUGAAGCCACCGGGCGUGGAGACGCCACCAAUGAAUAUGCCGAGGUUAGACGAGCAGAGAGCUAGUACUCCUACAAUCGAUGAAGGGAGAGAUCCAAUGUCGUCACAGGUUGCGUUUAAUCGAGCCCCACCUCCUUUUAUACCAAGAGUGCCGCUGCCGUCUCAACGCUAUCCCAGUCAAUCGUACGGACGUCGCGGGCCACCGCCAGGUCCGCCCUUUAGUGAUCGCUACCGUGCACCGCUCGAGCCUUAUCAGCCUCCACCGCCCGGAAUUAAGGAUUCUCCUACAAACGGGCAUGGCGAGGACCCCCUCGAGGCGUUCAAUCGAAUGAUACGUGAAAAGGAAAUGCGAGCGAAGCGGCGCGAAGAGGAGCGUAGACGAGCGAUUUCGGGUUCGCGGAGCCCGACGCGUUCGAGGACGCGCUCACCGCGCUCGCCGCGCUCGCCGCGCUCGCCGCGCUCACCCCGCUCACCACGGGCGCGUCCUCGUAGUCGCGCAACUAGCCGACUUCGUUAUUCUAGGUCGCGAUCGGGGUCGCGGGCUCGCGUGCGGCGCUCGCCGUGGUCGCCACGUCGCCGCCGCACGCGUGAACGCACGCUCUCGCUCACACGAUCUCCGUCGCCCCGACGUCGGCACCGCUCCCCGAUGCGGUAUCGCUCGCCGCUGCGGUCUCCAGGCCCACGGUCUCCGUUGCGCACUCCUCUGCGGUCUCCUCUGCGGUCUCCGCUGCGGUCACCACUGCGAUCUCCGCUGCGGUCUCCGCAGCGUUCCGUGCCACACUCACCACUGCGCUCGCCGCAUCGCGCACCAAUACGCUCUCCGGCGCCGCCUCGACCCAUGUCGCCGCAUAGGUACGCUGGAGUAUAUGAUGAAUUGUUGUCACCCCCGCGUCGUAGUGUAGAGCCGCCUUACGGAGCCAGAUAUGGACCAAGAAAUAAUGUUCCACCACCGUCAUUUCCCCCUAUGGGCGUGAAACCAAUACCUCCUUUAGUGAAUAUUCCUAUGCAAACUGAACCACCUCCAGGAUAUAGAGGUCAUUAUGAUGCACCGCCCUUCGAAGAUAUACCACCUGGUGUCGAACCUCCAGUGCCAGGAUUUGAACCAUCACCAUUUGAAAAACCCUCAUUUGGACCGCCUGGUUCCUUAGAGCGUGAUAGAAUACCUCCUCCUAAUUACAGAGAUCCUUAUAGACCUCCUCCAUAUGUUGAUGGACCUGCAGGUUACCGUGAUAUGUCACUGCCACCUAUACAAAAUGAGAUCCCGGUUCAUGUUGGUGAUCAACCUUCACGGUAUCGUGAUAGCUAUAGAUCUGGGCAUCUUUAUCGUGAUCAAGGUCCAGUGCCUUAUAGAGAUGGACAACCUUAUAGGGAGUCAGGUCCACAAGCACCAUAUCGUGAUGGUAAUUUUCGUGGAGGGCCACCGCCUUUAUUCCGCGAUAAUUCUUUCCGUAAUGUACCGUAUAGAGACGGUAAUUUCAGGGACAAUAUGCCUCAUAAUUUUCGCGAACCCGGUGCACCGUAUAGACCACCAAGCGCUGAUCCGAGAGAACCAAUACCACCAAAUUUCCACGAUCUUAACUAUCGUGAUGGCUAUAGGGAAGACAGUAAUGCGGGCAGAGAUCAUAUGCGACCUAGUUUUCGUGGCAAUGUACGUAGUAGAGGAGGUUCAAGACGAAAUCCGAAUAUUGAGCACGAUAGACAUAGGGAAAGAGAAGGACGUGAAAGGGAACGAUUUAAUGAAAAUAGAGACCCAUCUGAUAGAGCUGAAAGACCACGAGACGUUGAAAAACGCACUGUUUAUGAUAAAAGAGAAGUACGUGACGAGCGCACGCGUGAACAUGACAAAAAUCGAGACUACGACAAAGAACGGGAACGAGGUCACGAAAAAGUUACUCCUGAUAAAAAAAUACGUACCUCGCCUAAACGCACUCGGGACGCACGUGAGAAAAAACGUAGUGAAUCAAGAGGUCGUUCAAGAGAACGUGACCGUGAGAGUCGUCGUGAGAAGAAAGAAGAUAGAAUUCGCGAUAAGAGUUCUGCUGAAAGAAGCAGAGAUCAUAAGGAUAAAGACAAGGAGAAGAAAAUAAAGGAUAGGAAAAAGAAAAAAAGAGAAAAGGAAAAGGAUAAUGAGAAGAAAAGGAAACGUGACAAAAAGGAAAAGAAAGAAAAGGAUAUAGUUAAAAAGGACGACGAAAAUUUAGAAAAGUGUGAUGAAAGCAAAGGGGAUACAAAAGAACCAGACAAUGAUGACUCAUUAAAACCUAUCACAAUGAGCACAAAUAAGGUAGAAAAUCAUCUGCCUGCAGAAACAAAGAAUGAAGGUAAGUCUGAGUCUAUAGUUGAAAAACCUAACGAUGAUCUUUAUGGCGAUGAAGCUGCAGAAGCUGUUGAUAAAGAAAUAAUACAAAAUUAUGUAAAGACUGAGAAUAACGAAGAAUCGUUAACAGAAAAAACUGUAGAAUCAAGUACCAAAGAGGAACCGUUUGAUGGCAUAGAACUACAAGCUCCGACUGAAGAACUAGAAGAAGAUAUUGAAGGUACCGGCCUAAGUAAAGAAGUGCUUGCUCCUUUACCAGAAUUAUCUAAAUGGGAAGUAGAAGAAGACAAUAUAGAGAAAACUAAGGAACCAGGAGAAAUUACCUCACCUGAAGAAGAGGAAGAAAGUGGUAAAGUUACAUCUGAGGUUAUCAAGCGAGCAGAGAAUGCUAUUUUUGCAAAAGCAAUCAAUUCAUUGCGCCCUAUAGAAAUUAAGAAAAUAAGUAGUGAUCGAUUAAAGUUAUACGGUGAUGAAACUCAACAAAAAAGUGCUUUGAAUAACAUUCAGAUUACUGUUCCAGUAGCAGAUUCUGAUCAAAGAUCUAUUGAAUUGAACGACAGAAAAAGGCGAUAUUCUAAAACUCCACCCCCUCGAUUAUCUGUCAAAGAAAGGUUAGGAGGAAAAGUGGAAGAUAUCCGUAGAACUAGAGAAAUGCGUGUCGUACAAAGUACAGUGGAACGAGUAAAGUCAAGAUCUAAAACUCCUAAAAAGGAACAAAUGUAUCGUAGGGUGACGGUUGACAGAGAUAGAGUACGCAAACCUGAUUCCAUGAACAGAAUAGAAAUAUCCAAAGCUGAAAGACGUAUUGCACCGGAAGAUGCCAGGGGUGAAGAAUCUUAUCGUGGUAGUGAUUACAAGAAAAGAGAGUUUGAUAAAGAUAAUAAAAAUGAGAAAAAGCCUAACGCUAGCGAGAAAUUCGAAAUGCGUAGUCUUAGUCAAGAUAAAAAUCCUAAUAGUGAAGUGAAAGGAACUAGCGUUGAAAUUGACCGAAAGAAAUCUAUUUUGGAUGAAGCGCAUUUUGAGCCUGAUUAUGAUGAGACCGUGGAAUCUGAUACCGAACCAAAAGAGGAGGGUAAUAAAAAACGUGAGAGAUCAGUAUCUCCUGCUGAACUUAGUGAUCCGAAAAAACUUAAACUCGAUGAAACAAUUAAGUUGGAUUUGACCAAUGUCAAGAAGAAAAAAGAUACUGACAGUGAAUCUUCAAGUGAUUCUGACGAAACGUCGUCGUCGUCUUCUUCAGAUGCGCGGAGGCGUAAGAAGAAGAAAAAACGUAACAAGAAGAAGAAAAAACGCGCUGCGAGUGACAGUGACACUGACUCGGAUUCUAGUUCUGAUGAUCAUAAAAAGAAGAAAAAGAAGCGUAAGCAUAAGAAGAAGUCUAGUAAAAAGAAGAAAAAAUCUAAGCAUAAAUAA